AUGCCAUCACAGCAAAUCCUACCCAUCACAUACCACCCUCCACCCUCCACAACUGAAAAGCUUCUAAGCAAAUCCGAAGACGACCCAGCAACAAGGCUCCUCCUUUUCUCACAUUUCGAAGAUGAAGAAAAGUCCGCGCCUUCAAGGCCUCUUCUUCCCAAGUCGGCCAGUUACACCUUCAACACCUCCGCCGCCGCCGCCGCCGCCGCCGCAGCCACGCCGGCAGGUUCUGCCAAUAACAACCAGAAGCGGCGGCGGAGGACGGCCAGCGACAACUCGCUUUAUUCAUUGUCGUCUGGUUCCUCGUCAGAGGAGGCAGCCGAACGUCACUCCAGCGCCGGAAAUGUGGAGCACGCCGCCACCGAGACGUACUUGGUCACCCGGCUGAGCUUGAAGCUUUUGAGCUAUCUUGGGGUAGGCUACAGAUGGAUUGCAAGAUUUAUGGCCCUUGGUUGUUAUUCGUUUUUACUUAUGCCAGGUUUUAUUCAAGUUGGCUAUUACUAUUUCUUCUCCAAGCAGGUCCGCAGAGGUAUAGUUUAUGGUGAUCAACCAAGAAAUAGGCUAGAUCUGUAUCUACCCAAAAAUUCUGAUGGGCCAAAACCAGUCAUUGCAUUUAUAACUGGUGGAGCCUGGAUUAUUGGUUACAAAGCAUGGGGUUCUCUUUUAGGGCAACAGUUAUCAGAACGAGACAUCAUAGUGGCAUGCAUAGAUUACAGAAACUUUCCUCAGGGUACUAUUAGUAGUAUGGUACAGGAUGCUUCUCAAGGCAUCUCAUUUGUGUGUAAUCAUAUUGCUGAAUAUGGAGGCGAUCCUAAUAGGGUUUAUGUGAUGGGACAAUCAGCUGGUGCACAUAUUGGUGCAUGCGCAAUCGUUGACCAGGCAAUCAAGGAGCUUGGUGAAGGAGAGAGCACUUCUUGGAGUGUUUCCCAGAUAAAUGCUUACUUUGGUCUUUCUGGAGGGUACAAUUUGUUUAACUUGGUAGAUCACUUCCAUAGUCGAGGCCUAUACCGUUCAAUUUUUUUAGGCAUAAUGGAAGGGGAGAACUCAUUGCACCGUUUCUCUCCUGAAGUCAUGAUUCAGGACCCCAAUGUCAGGACCGCAGCUUCUCUUUUACCUCCUAUUAUUUUAUUUCAUGGUACUGCAGAUUAUUCCAUACCAUCAGAUGCCAGUAAGAACUUUGCAGAAACUCUUCGGAGUCUUGGAGUGAAAGCUGAAUCAAUUCUGUAUGAAGGGAAAACUCACACGGAUUUGUUUCUACAGGAUCCAAUGCGAGGUGGAAGAGAUGAUAUGUUUGAAGAUUUGGUAGCUAUCAUUCAUGAAGGUGAUUCAGAGGCCCUUGCCAGAGAUGCAGUGGCUCCACCAAGAAGGCGCCUCGUACCUGAGUUCAUGCUGAAGUUGGCUCACAAAGUCAGCCCAUUCUAGCGAUUUUUGUUGAUCAUUCAUCACCCCAAAAUAUACAGUUUCUUUUUUAUGUAAUCUAUUCUUUUUUGUAAAUAGCAUUAGUGAAAACCCAACCUUUUACCCCUUAUUUUUGGGUAACUCAGAAUUCCCCUAUUCUCAUUAAGUUAAUAUAGAUCAACUUGUAAAAAUUUUGAGAGAUUCUGAAAUUCUGCAUAAUUAAUACCACGAUGUUUACUCGUUUGAAUAUCAGAGGAUGUUGUAUUCAUUAGUAUUCCCAUUUCAGUUUUAUUUGAGUUC